AAAAUAAAAUUCAAAAAUGAAAUAAAAAUUCAUAAAUUUUACUCCCAUGCCCUUGAAAGUUCAUGGACGUAAAACAACCCAUCCAAUGUCUUCGCGCUAAAAAAAAGCGAACAGAUUCAACUAAUUCCAUUUCUCUCUUACCCUUUCCUCACUCUUCCCAACCAAAAAUUCUGUUUCCAAAUUCCAACUCACAAAUAAAUAAAUACCUAAUCUAGAAACUUCACUUCCAAACGCGCUUUCACGCGCCGCCAUAAUCCACUUCGUAUUCCGUUGAAUUCAACACCAUGGAUCAACCGAAGCCGGAAUCGGAAAUCGUAUCUCAUAUCGCGAACGGUGACUCCGCCGCAGUCAAUGGAUCUGGAUCGGGAUCAGGAUCAGGAUCUGGAUCGGAAUCGCAAGGUACAGUAUCUUCGUCCGGUAGCUUGAAGAAAUCGGUACAUUGGAGUCCUGAAUUGGUUACGGAAACGACAUUUACGUCUUCUCCUCGAGGACAGCGUUCGACUUACUUCAAUUCUUCUCCUUCUUUCAAUCAAUCUCCACCUCCGUUCAAUGUCAUGGAGACGGUGGUGACUGUUCGUAAUGUGCUUGGAAGAUGGGGUAGGAAGGUGGGAGAGGCAACUCGAAAGGCCGAGACUCUUGCUGGAAAUACUUGGCAGCAUUUGAAAACAAGCCCUAGUAUGGCUGAAGCUGCUAUGGGAAGAAUUGCCCAGGGAACAAAGGUCCUGGCAGAAGGUGGAUAUGAGAAGAUAUUCCUUAGUACAUUUGAGACUGUUCCAGACGAACGGCUUCAGAAUUCUUUUGCAUGUUAUCUAUCCACAUCAGCUGGUCCUGUAAUGGGAGUUUUGUAUAUAUCCACAGCAAAGAUUGCAUAUUCUAGUGACAAUCCUAUUUCGUACAAAUCUGAGGACAGAACAGAAUGGAGUUAUUAUAAGGUAGUCAUUCCACUACAUGAGCUAAAAGCAGUGAAUCCUUCAUGUAAUAAUGCUAAUCCUGCUGAAAAGUACAUCCAAGUGAUCUCUGUCGACAAUCAUGAAUUUUGGUUUAUGGGCUUCUUGAACUAUGAUACCGCUGUUGGCUUCCUGCAAGAUGCACUUCAAACAGGCAAAGUAAUAUUGUCAGAAGCAUAGUCUGUUUAUACAUUCUAGUUUCAAACCAGCAAAUAUAUGUCAUGCCUUUAUACUGUAGGCUUGGAAUUGUUGAUAAACCAGCUAAUUUUUGGCAUUUUUGUUGAUAUGAAUUUACUGUAGGAUUCAUACCUCGGACCAUUUAUGGGGAUCGAUUGGAAUAGUUAGAAAAAUGGUGUCUGGAUUUUCUCUGUUUCUCGUAUUGUUGCGUCAGAUUUGUAACGGAACUAGUUAGCAAUUAUAGUUGGUGAACUAUUGUUUUCCUCUGUUUAAAGGUUCAUAGCUUCAUAUUAUGGAUUGGUUUCAUAUUUUUAUGGGAAUCUUUUUCCAAA